CGAGGAUCGAAUCAUGAUACCCCAAGUCAAGUGUGAAAUCUUCUGCGAAGUUGAUAAAAUUGUCAGCCUCUUAUUCCCAUGCUGAGAUCAGAAGGAUGUCACUGCCAGGACCACUUUCGACUCCAUCUAUUAUGGCACCUUCCAAUAUUAAUGGCACCAACACAGCUAGCUUCCCAGAUACAUCUACGUCCAGUCCUUCCCGCCCGGCCCAGGUAAAUCAAGGCUCAUUUCCUGUCGCAAACAUCGUCAUUCUCGCAAUCUGUAUGAUUGGCAUGAGUGCUCUUGUAAUCUGCGUGUUUCUUCGGCACCGCUCAUCAACCAGGAUCAAGCAAAGCUCAUCGAAUGUCAAUAAAGACGAGCCAAGGCCGUUCAACAGACUGUGGUCUCGUGCACUCUCGUCGUUCUCAAAGUUCCAUGAUCUUUGGCGUUCGAAAACCAAGUCAGCCACCAAGUACAAGCAGAGCGAGAUGACCACUGUCAGCGCGCUGCAUGCGACAUGCACCUUCGUUGCUGCUGCACCAUCAAAAGUUCUGGCCCCUCCUGUCGUGAUGCAGUUCAGAGUACCAGACACAGAGAAGUUUGUUGUGCUAUGUUCGGUCUGCUGCCCCUUAUCGGUGCGCCAUGCAUGUGGCGAUCCGAAGUCGUGGGUGAGUGCGGUCGAUCCUUACAACACAACCACAACUCACACGACUCAGGUGCAGAGUCCUUUCAGCGACAUUCCACAUCUAGUCGAAGAGCAGCUUCCCGUGAAUAAUCAAGCAUCAAGUGUUCCCGAGUGUCAGCCGUAUGGCGUCGAUAUCCCGCCUUCCGAUCAGGAUCACUCACUUACCAUCGAGCUACCCAACCUUUCUGUUGAAGACCAGCCUCGAUCACCUUUUACUCCACCAGGAGGGCCAAAGAGGACGCUUGCCCGAGAAGAUCUCCCAGUUUUAUUUGUAAAGACACCCCCAAGAUAACAUGUUAGCAAGCAGUUGUACGAGCCUUGCGAUUUCAUUCCUUCGCACAUAUAUAUGUUAUCA